AUGGAGAUCCUCACUGGAACUAUUGCUAAAAUAUUCGAGUAUACAGUUGAACCAAUUGGGCGACAAGUGGGUUAUCUAAUUAACUACAAAAGCAACCUCGAAAGUCUGAGGAGUCAAUUGAAGAACUUAGAUGCUGUCAAAGACCGGAUGAAGCAUAGGGUUGAUGAAGUUGAAAGAAAUGGUAAAGGAGUAGAAACUGAUGUCCAGAACUGGAGAAAAGAAGCAGAUGGGAUCACUCAAGAGGCAGAAAACAUUUUGGGAAAUGAAGGCCAAGCAAAGACAAACUGUUUCAGUGGAGUAUGUCCUAAUCUGGUUUCCUAUCAUCGGCUUAGCUGGAAAUCGGCAAAAUUAGCAAAAGAGAUUGAACUACAUGCAAAAAAAGAGUUUCCUAGUGUUUCUUACGAUCCUCCCCUGGGAAGAGAUAUGUGCCACGCCCUCUCAAAACUACAUGGCCUUUGA